AUGGAUCCUUCAUCCACUGGGAACCCGCCUGCACCGGAGCUUAACCCCUCCUCUCCAUCUUCCUCGAGGUCUAGAACUUCCUCUCUUGGUUCAUCUGUGAGCUCCUCUACCCAUGAGCCACAGAGACAUAAAGUCACACUACCAACGCCUCCCACCACUCCAUCAUCUCCUCCAUCCACCGCCUCACCUGUGAUACCUCAAAGGCUUCAUUCUCGUUCUUCCUCUCUCUCUUCAACCCCAUCCUCAUUUCCCCGCCAGCCCACCAGAAGCUUUUCGCAGCCGGGCCGAUCGCAGUUGAACGCAGCCUCAACAACAGGGAGUCUUCUAAAUGGAUCAACAGCUGCUGCUGCGCCUCCAUCAGCUACCUCACCUGAACCAGAUGAAACGGAGGAGGAAGUCCGUUUGGAGGUUUUGGAGGAGAGGGCAAAGUCAGGUGAUGCUAAAGCACAAACAAAGAUGGGACGUUACUUUUUGGCCUUGGCAGAAGAAAGCAACGAGGAGCUGAACAACUGCACAGCAGUCACCUGGCUGGUCCAGGCUGCUAAGCAGGGCCGCAAAGAUGCCGUCAAACUGCUGCAGCAGUGCUUGAAAUCCAGGAAAGGGAUUACCUUGGAGAACUUUGAGGAGGUUAAGAAGUUGUGCACAGAGACACGUUUUGAGAGGGGAGUCAGGAAAGCAGCUCUGCUCAUGUACUACAAGCUCAACCCUGAGAAGAAGAAGUCUGUGGCGGUGUCUGAGUUGCUGGAGAAUGUGGAGCAUGUUCACAUAGAACCAGGCAAACCAAUCUGCUCAGGCCCACUCAACAGCUCCACCAAGAAGCAAAGGAGAGUCCUGGAGACUAUGGUCUCCAGAGAAGGCAAUUCUCAUGUUGGUCUUGAUGAUUUUGUUGAGAUGACUAAGAAAUAUGCUCAGGGUGUUGCACCGUCACCGUUCAUGGCCUCAGCGGACGAUGAUGAUGAUGAUUACGACGAUGUGGUGGUAAAAAACCCAGAUGAACUGCCACUGCAUCAGAAGAUGCUAAAGUUCCCGCUUCACGCUCUUCUGGAAAUAAAGGAGCAUCUCAUCGACUGGGCGUCGCGGGCCGGCAUGCAGUGGCUUAGCGCCCUCAUCCCCACUCACCACGUUAACGCACUGGUCUUCUUCUUCAUCAUCUCUAACCUCACCAUCGAGUUUUUCAUCUUCCUCAUCCCUCUGCUGGUUUUCUACCUGUCCUUCUUCUCCAUGGUGAUCUGCACUCUGCGGGUGUUUCAGAAUUCAAAGGCGUGGGAAAAUUUCCGAGCUCUCACAGACCUGCUGGCUCAGUUUGAGCCUGGUCUGGAUCUGGAGCAGGCAGAGACCAACUUUGGAUGGACACAUUUAGAACCUUACCUGUACUUCCUCCUCUCUGUGGUCUUUGUCGUGUUCUCCUUCCCGGUGGCCGAUAAAUCCUGGAUCCCGUGCUCAGAACUAGCUGCCGUGGCUCUCUUCUUCACCAUCACUGCCUUCCUCAGCCUCCACGCCUCAGCUCAGCUGUUUGCUCGUAAAGCCCUUCUCACAGAGGUCCUCUCCGGAGCGUGCUCCCUCACUCAGCACCUGCCUGCCUCCCUCUGGUCCCUCCGGAUCUUUGGGACCACCUUCAUCACCGUGCCUCUCGGGGACGCUGUGGCGUUAAACCUGGGCGUGCCGUGCCUUUUAUACGGACACCUCGUCUAUCUUCUCUUCCGUAUGGCCCAGCUGAGAGGCUUUAAGGGUACCUACCUGUGCCUUGUGCCCUACUUGGUUUGCUUUACCUGGUGUGAGCUCUGCUUGGUGUUUCUCAAUAACGCCACAGCUAUAGGACUCAUUCGGACCUGCGUGGGCUAUCUCCUCUUCCUUUUUGCCCUUCCUGUCCUCUCACUGGGUCUGGCUGCCAUGAUUAUGAUCCAGUUAGUGCAGUGGUUUCUCACCCUGGAGGUAACAAAGAUGGUGGUCACACUGAUCGUCUGCUUUGUGCCAGUGGUGUUGAGGCUUUGGACUCGCUUCAGCCUCAACCCCAUUGUUGUCUUUAGGUCUUUGUCACGGAGCAGCAUCGUAAAGCUCAUCCUGGUGUGGCUGAGUGCAGUGGUGCUUUUCUGCUGGAUGUACGUCUACAGAUCUGAAGGAAUGAAGGUGUAUAACUCCACCCUGACGUGGCCUGAAUAUAGCAACCUCUGCGGGCCGCUGGCCUGGAAGGAGUCCAACAUGGCCCAAACUCAGAUUCUCUGCUCUCACCUGGAAGGACACAGGGUCACCUGGACGGGACGCUUCAAAUACGUCCGUGUGACGGAUAUUGAGAAUGGGCCCCAGUCAGUAAUCAACCUGCUGCCUGUUUUUCUAGGAAACUGGAUGCGCUGUCUGUACGGAGAACCUUAUCCGUUGUGUGAAGAUAAGAACAAAAGUGGCGGCAAUGAACCCCAACCGCGGCCGGCUCCGGCUCCUCCCUCCGUAGAUCCGCUCUGCAAGCUAAAGACUCUGGCAAAACACGAGUGCCACGUCAAACGCUUUGACCGCUACAAGUUUGAGGUCACCCUGGGCAUGCCGCUAGAGAGGAAGACUAAAGACGGGACAAUCAUAGAGGACGAAGAUGCCACCAAGGACAUCGUUUUGCGGGCGAGCAACGAGUUCAAGUCUGUGCUUUUACACCUGAACGCCGGCAGCCUAGUGGAGUUCAGCACCAUCCUGGAGGGACGUUUAGGCUCCAAAUGGCCCGUGUUUGAAAUGAAGGCUAUCCACUGCAUGUCCUGCGGGGACGCCCGCACUCUCGGCCGCAAGCAGUACAAGAUCGAGCACGACUGGAGGCGCACGGCUCAGAACGCCCUCCAGUUUGGGUUCGACUUCUUCUUCAACCCCUUCCUGACCGCUCGGCUGGAAGAGCAGACAGAGACUGAAACAGAAAGCGUGGAGCAGGAUGGAUAGAGAUAGCUAAGAACACUAAUGGUUAUACAACAAUGUUCUUAAUAGUGGUGACUGACUACAGGAGACUAAACAGAUCCUCAGGCGUUCACUGUUUCUUCUAAAAGCACUCGUACUCCUCAGACCUUUUCACGCUGCUUACAUUACAACCACAAUACUCAGCGUAUCAGCAGCUGCAGACCUAUUGGGGAUUUACACUGCCUGAUUAGGAAUAUCCGUUAACAUCGAUUGAAACUCAGUAUCUGAGCUAUUUUAGGUUUGGGUUGUUCUGGCAGAAAAAGGUCGCUUUUUUUGGUGUUUAUGGGUGAAACUCUGCCACAGCCUUAAGUCUUUUAAAGAAAAUAUUUUCAUCUUCCACCAAUUAAUCCCCACAGC